AUGGAAUCACCUGUUGUAGUGGAUAAACCGCCGGAGUAUCAUGGCAACGAACGUGGUUUUCCGUUUGACGAAGACGAGGGGUCAGGCGCGUGGAGCGAACUAGCAGCGCGUCACCCUGACAUAGCAGCGCGGCUGCGGCAGCGCCCAGCCACCUGGACCAGGAAGCGGCGACCGUCCAGCCAGGACGCCACUGACGAUUUUGGCGACGGUUUCGGAGGCUUCGACAGAUUUCCAUUCGACGACAUCCCACCAGAGUUCAGAGAACACUUCCCGUCACAUUGGAACCGUAGAUUUGGAUCUCGCGAAGACCAUCCUCACCACGAACAACAAACACAAGCUGCGCCGCAAUCGCCGCCGGCACAGCAACAGACAACCGCUACACAGACUGAACAGAACCCCGAACAACAGGAACACGAACAGUCAACACACUUACCACAAUACGGCUUAAGAAACACAGUCGAUCUCGGUCAAAAGAGCCCCGCCGACCCUAGUCUGGUCGAUGCGGACGACAGAACUCAGAGGUCUAUGUCAGCACCGCCAAAUAGUUGCGCACCUCAAAACCAAAGCUUUAAAAUGAGUGGACAGAACCACCAGGAACAUCCUCAACACUCAGAGCAGCAUUCAAACGUCCGACAUAUCCCAAUAUUCGUAGAGGGCAGAGAUGAACCCGUGAUAAAUAGAUCAGUUGACCAUGGCGCACACUACGGAGAAACGAAACCUGCUUACCAGUCACCCCCGCAGCAGCAACCGCAUAUUGACAGAGAACAGUAUUUUGCUGACGAUGGACCCGUCGGUUUCCAUCAUCCACCUAACUUCUCGAGGGCAUUUGGUACGCCUUUCAAUAAAGGAUUUAGGCAAGGUCCCCAGCCUUUCGUCCAGCAGAAGGUAUAUCCGCAGGCAGCUUACACACGAGGGGCUUCACCGCACAGAUCUCAGUCGCCUAAACCUCAGCCACACGCUGAUGAGCAUUAUAUAAAAGUACCAGUACACCAUGAGCAGAACGCAGCUAAGACUGAACCUCCGUCCAGGACACAACAGCGGCAGGCGCCGCCACAACAGAGGCAAGCGCCGCCGCAGCCACAUCCACCCAAGCAGCAUCAGCCACCACAACAACCUAGACAAACUUCACCCCAGCAACAAGCCCCGUCUCGGGAACAGACGCCUCCGCAACCUAAAGAGCCAACAGCAGUAAACGAUCCUAUUACGAAUAUUCUCAGUAUUCAAACUGAUGUCCUGAAUCUUAUGACACAAGUCGAGAACUUUACAGGGGCCAAAAACGAUAAGCAGUACCUGUUUUUAGAUGAAAUGCUGACGAGAAAUCUUAUCAAAUUAGACAAUAUUGAGACAGACGGCAAGGAGAAUAUCCGACAAGCUAGAAAGGAAGCUAUCAAGUGUAUUGAAAAGUGUAUAGCUGUACUAGAAGCCAAAGCAGAAAGCAAUACUGCUAAUAAGAGUAAGGCUCAGUCAGCAGAUGUCGAAAUGACGGAGAACAGGGAGACAACUGAACCAGCCACAGCUAAUGGUGUAGUUGAGAUAAAAGAGGCAACCAAAGAACAAGAUCAGAACGCAAAACAGGAGGCAAAGACGGAGCCACAAACCCAAGAGGAAACGAAUAACAUGGAGGAACAAACGAAUGCUGUGGAACAAACUCCUGAAGAAAAGGUCGAAUUGAAACCAGAAGCACCAGUUGAAAAUAAUGAAGUCAUCGAAACACAAGUGGCUGAUACACGACCGGAGGAGAAAGCUCCCGCGCAGCCGAUUGAAAAUGCCGAACAGGAAGAAAAAGAAGAAAAGAAAGACGACAUAGCAAAAAGUGCUACAAACAAAGUUGUAAAGAAACGCAAUAAGAGUAAAGAUAAUAAGAAAGAUGUACCUAUCGAUAGUAGUAAGCAAGAAAAGGAGGAUAGCAAUAAGGAACAGAAACAAGUGGAUGAGAAGAACGAUAAAAUAGAUAUAAUGCAAGUAGACGAUAAAGGCGAUAAGUUGGAGCCGCAGAUAAUGGAAGUAGAUGGUGCUGCUAGUCAAUAA